AUGCGUUUAAACAGUAGAGCUGAACUCUCUUCUAUAACUCGCUACAUCCGGACGUUCACCAAGCACAAUGGAAGCGUUUCGAGGCAACGCUUGUGGCUACGAAGCGUUGCUUCGUUUUCUCAACAUCGCUUUUCGUUGCAAAGGCCUUCGUCUUCAACAGUCUCACUCACGUACAGAACGAGUGUACGAAGCGUAUGCUCUUCUGGUGACCGUCACACUGUGAACGUAGACGAUAGCCUCUCGUCGCUUCACCAGCCCGACUCUGUUGCGACCUCCGAGACGCCCUCAGAACAACCGGACGCUACGGGAGCACUUACGCCUCGUGCGGUAGUUGCGGAGCUAGACCGCUUUAUUGUUGGUCAGACGGAAGCAAAACGUGCCAUGGCUAUUGCACUGCGAAACCGUUGGCGCCGCCACCAGCUGCCUCCAGAACUGCGGGAAGAGGUUGCUCCUAAGAACAUUCUACUGUGCGGACCCACUGGUGUUGGCAAGUCAGAGAUCGCACGAAGGCUUGCAAAGCUCGUCGACGCUCCGUUCGUGAAAACUGAAGCGUCUAAAUACACAGAAGUUGGUUUCCAUGGACGUGAUGUGGAUCAAAUCAUUCGAGACUUGGUCGAGAACGCGAUUUCUCUCGUGAAACAGAAACAACGUAAGCGACUCAAAAAUGAACUGGACAAGCUCGUGGAGGAUCGUAUCCUCGAUGAGUUGACCGGUCCGGCAGCCCGCGAGUCGACCCGUGAAUCCUUCCGAAGUCUUCUGCGAAAAGGUGCCUUGGAGGAUCGCGAAAUCGAGGUCGAAGAAACACGUCCGCUUUCGAAUCGACCGGGAUUCCUGCAGCUCGGUGACGCCAGUGCCGAGCGCAUGACGGAGAUGAUUCGCAGCCUUGAUCGCAUCUUUACUGUCCAGCGAAGCGGAGCUGGAGGGAAUUCAUCCUCCAAACGGCGGAUGAAAAUUCGGGAUGCCCGUCGCGUCAUCGAGGAGGCAGAAGCAGAGCGCUUACUUUCGGAUGAGAGCCUGACCCGCCAGGCGCUUCAGCUUACCGAACAGGAUGGUAUCGUUUUUCUCGAUGAAAUCGACAAGAUCUGUACGCCAAGCCAUUACCGACACGGAGCGGAUGCUUCGGCGGAGGGCGUGCAGCGCGAUCUAUUGCCGCUUCUGGAAGGCACCACCGUUUCCACAAAGUACGGAAACGUGAAUACUGAUCAUAUUCUCUUCGUCGCUGCGGGAGCCUUUCAUCAAUGUAAGCCUAGUGACCUCAUGGCGGAGCUCCAAGGUCGUCUGCCGAUUCGAGUGGAGCUUAGAGGUCUCACCGAAGCGGACCUGUACCGAAUACUCACCGAACCAGAGAACUCGCUCCUGAAACAACAAGUGGCACUUCUUCGGACCGAAGGCGUCGAACUUGAGUUCACGGAUGCAGCUAUUCACGAAAUGGCGGCGAUUGCUGCAGAGGUGAACACAACGGUGGAAAAUAUCGGUGCACGUCGUUUACAUACGGUUGUGGAACGUAUCAUAGAAACGAUAAGCUUUGAGGCUCCGGAAAUGCGAGGCCAACGAGUUCUCAUUGACGUGAUGAAUGUUCGCGAUGCGCUUGGUGGCAUGCUGCUGAAAACGGAUCUAAGCCGCUUUGUUCUCUGA